CACGCAAGCUUCGUUUGCCCGCGCACUGGACUGGCCCGUUGUUCCUUUAGUCCGAUCGUCGUGUCUAUGUUUCCAUGUACAAUAUCUGCUAGCACUUACGUACUACGAGGCACUGUGGGCCUCAGCCUGCUGAGCCUAAAAUGUUACAGUCCGGACGCGGCACCGCAGCGAGUAGACAUGGCUUAGGCAGUAGCUAUAAUGCUUCAGCAUCAGUACGCACAUGGCACAGAGUGGGCCCAUGCGGCAUACCGCUGACCCAGCCUCGCGCCGCUCGGACCGCCGGGCGCCUCGGCCCCUCGGCGACCGCCGGCGGUGUGGCCCGCGGCCUGGCGUGCAGCUCCGCAACCAGCGGCCCGGCAGCGGCAGUGCUCAGCGGCGGCGGCCCCCGCCUUGCCGCCGCCGCACCUGCUGCCACAGGGGCUGGCGGCGGUCUGCGGCAGCUACUGCCGCUAGCCGCCUGGGCCCGUCAAGCCGCACCAGCGCCCGCCACUGCCGCACUUGCAGCAGCCGGGGCGCGCAGCUGUCUCCUGCAGCCGGGGCGGCGCGCGCAGCAGCAGGUGCUGGCGGCUGCGGGGAGGUACGGCAGUGGCAGCAGCAGUGGCAGGGGCAGUGACAACAGCAGCAGCGGACAUGGCGGCAUCAGCGGCAGCCGCAGUAGCAGUGACGGUGGCGGAAGGGCGGGCAGGGGCAGGGCAGACGGAGGCCGUUGGGCCGGCGGCAGCGGGCGUGGCAGUGGAAGGACGGGCGGUGGUGGUGGCAGGAGUGGUGGUGGCGGUAGGCCGCGUGACCCCGAAGACGUGAUGAUCGGGUAUGCGACUCUGGAGGAGCUGCAAGGAGUCAUUGAUCAGCGGCUGGCGGUGUGGUGCGAGCGGCAAGACGUAAGCGCCAUGUCAGCUGCCUUCGGCCGUUGUGGCAAGCUAGAGUCAGCACGCGCCGGCGGGCCCACCGCCACAGCCGCGGCCCGUGCUGGCAUCAUUGCGGCCCUCGCGCCUGCUCUCCUUCCGCUCGUCCCGCGCAUCCGCCAGCCAGCCAGCUGCAGCAUUCCACUGUUGGCGCUGUCGAAGGCUGGGGCUGCCAGCGACGGGCGUGUGGAGUCAGAGCUGGCGCCGGCGCUGCUGCAGCGGCUGGUGGAUCCAGUGUUGCUGGAAAGUGCCACUCCCCAGGCCCUGGCGAACUCACUGUAUGCCCUGGGCAAGCUGCGAGAGGAUCAGCAGCGGCGGGGCUCGGGCUGGGAUCCCACCUCAUCGCCGCAUCUGAAAGCGCUGGCGAGCGCUGUGGCCUCGCGGCUGCGUGCGGCGAGGGGGCACGGCUUCGAGCCGCAGCAUGUUUCAAACAGCUUUUGGGCGUGCGCCAAGCUGGGGUACCGCGACUCAGACCUUCUGCGUCCGUUGGCGGAGGCGGCCGCAGCCCUUGCCCCGGACAUGAAUGCGCAAGGCCUGGCCAACAGCCUGUGGGCGCUAGAGGUCCUUGGCUGCACCGGAUCGGCAUUUCGGGCAGGGCUGGAGGCGCUGUACGGUGCGGCGCUGCGGCGGCUCCGGGCACCGAAGGACGCUGCAGCGUUCAUUCCGCAGCACCUGUCCAACAUCCUGCUGGCGCUGGAGGGGCUGCAGCUGGGAGGCAAGCAGUCCGAGCUGCUUGCGGCUGCUGUGGCUGCAGAGUGUGUGCGCCGGCUCCGGGCACCGAAGGAAGCUGAGGCGUUCAUUCCGCAGCACCUGUCCAACAUCCUGCUGGCGCUGCAGGGCCUGCAGCUGCGAGGCAAGCCGUCUGAGCUGCUGGCGGAUGCAGUAGCAGCAGAGGGUGUGCAGCGGGGCUUUGCCGGCUUUAAACCACAGGAGCUCAGCAACUCGGCGUGGGCCCUGGCCAAGAUGGGGUAUGGGGCUGGUGCAACGCCGCAAGCCAUAGAACAGAGCCAUUGGUAUGCGGCCGCGGUGGCAGCAGCUCAGUUGCCCGGGGUCAUGGCCGGCGCCAAGCCGCAGGCCUGGGCCAACCUGCUGUACGCGCUUGCGUUGGUGCGCCACCAGCCACCGCCCACGCUGCUUGACGCAGGCGCCGCGGCGGCGAUGCAGGGAGGCAAUGCACAGGCAUGUGCAAACACGCUGUGGGCGCUGGCGGUGCUGCAGCUGUGUCACGCUGGCUUGGAGGCGGCGGUGUGCGGCCGGCUGGGCGAGCUGCUGCGGCUAGGCCCGGAGUCGCUUGUUGCACAGGCCCUUUGCAACAGCCUGUGGGCGCUGGCGGCGCUGGCAGGCGGCGGUGUCCCUGCUAGCCCGGCUGCAGCUGCGCUGGCCCCAGCGCUUGCCCGUGAAGCCGUGCGGCGCCGUGAGGAGCUUCAGACCGAGGCGCUAAGUCAGCUCUGGCAGGCGCAACAUGAGCUGGGCGGCGAGGUGGCGGAGGCUCUUGCCCGCAGCCCCGACCUGCUAGCCGCGAUGGAGGCGGCGGUAGCUGACGAACGGGCGACUGAGUCGAACACCAGCAGACUGCAGGAGCAGGUGGCGGAGACACUUCAGCGACUGCUGCAGAAGGGUCGCCUGCCCAUCGUUUCGGUGCGGACGGAGGUGGUGGUGGAGGGCGUGCUGGGGCGUGUGGAUGUUGUGGCGGACUGGAGCGACGGGCGCAGAGUGGCCAUUGAGGUGGACGGUCCAGACCACUUCCUCACCAACCGCAAGGACGACCCUUCCGCGGUAGACGGUUCCACGGCGCUGCGCAACCGGCAGCUACGGCGGGCACUAGGAGAGGGUGGCCUGCUGUGUGUGCCGUACUGGGAGUGGUACGAGCGGCAGGCUCCUUCCGCUCAGAAGGCCUACCUGCUGCAGCAGCUGCAGGAUCUCCUAUCGGGCGCUUCGUCAGGAGCAUCAGCAGGGGAAGGCAGCGCCGCCGCCCGUCGCCGCAAGGAGCAGCGCACGACUCAGCCGCAGCCGUACACUGCCGGCAGCAACACCAGCGCCAGCACUACCGCCAGCAUCACCACCACCGCUAGCAGCAGCCAGAAACGACGCAUCCUCGUUGUCCGCAGAAAGGCUCCAAAGCAGGAGGCGGUCGGCGGCGGCGGGGCGGGAGGGGCCUCGAGUGCAACAGCAGCUGCAGCGACGAUACCGGCGGAGGCUAAGGUGGUGGCCCCUGCCUUGCAGCAACAAGCAGAGGAGUCGCAUCAGCUUCCCAGCAGUGGCGCUGCUGGCGGUGCUGGCGAGGGCGGAGGAGACGGAACUCCUCUGGCGCUGCAGCCUCCACCACCGCAGCAGCAGCACGUGUCAGCGCCCCGGGCGCGCCGCAGCAGCAGCCAAAGCCGCAGCCGCAGCAGCCAGGCGGGCUCGCCUUCUGCUCCUCCUCCUCCGCCGUUUGAGGCCCCGCCGCCGGAGCAGGUGCAGGCGGCAGCGCCACCCAGGCGGGCCGCGGGUGGGAAGCGGACUGAGCGGAAAGCGGCGGCGGCUCCGGCAGCAGGCGGCGGUGGUGGCGGCGGCGGCGGCGGCGGCAGUGACUCUGGGGCGGUGGUGGUGCCAGCCGCGGUCUCUGAGAAGCGAUUGUCGGUGGUGGCCGGGGAGGCGGACUCGUCGGCAGCAGCUGUAGAAUGUGGUGGUGGUGGUGGUGAUGGUAGUGGCAGCGGCGGGGGCCUGCCCGCGGGCAGCAGGCGGGGGCAGGCGGUGGGGACCGGCAGGCGCGCGGCACAGAAGCCUUGCAGCAUCGAGUGACCGAAAGGGGGCGGAGCAGUCAAUGGGGUAAAUGAAUUCGGCACAAACAUGCACACGUCUUGUGAUUUGCGUUCUGUUACUCCUUGUGUACUGGCCAAGCAUAUGCGUGUGUAUAUGGAGCACUGAGUGCAACAUGCUAGGUCGCGACGUAACGGCGAUCUUUGGCUUUGUGUGGUGCGUAUUUGGUGCGGUGCCCAGUACGGUAGGUAUCUGUGGUGACCGGCAGGCAGGUGAGCGGCCGUGGGGCCCAGGGGUGGCCGUACAUGGGGUGUAGUGAGGGGCGUGGCAUGAGAGGAGUCAGCGCUCACAUACCAGCUAGGUAUUGACACGUGCACACACGGCGCGUCAAAGGCACCAGGUUUGCGGCAUGCUGUAUGUGUUGUUUGUUGUGUAGGUGCGCAGGGCCACGGGUCAGCGGUGGCAGUGGCCGUGGCCCGGGGCGUGUGUGUGUGAUGGGACAGGGCAGUGGCCGUGGCCCGGGGCGUGUGUGUGUCACUCACUGUGUUGGUGGCGGCUGACGUGGCUGGCUACACGGGACGCCGCCGUGUGGCCCAGUAGGGCGGGGUGGCGUGGUCCUCCUUGUGUCCUUUGCCCAAGUCGUCCUUGCCUAGCACACGUGUGUGCAUGACCCAUAUGCAGCCAUUGGUGCGGACAUACCGUUGCACACGCCUCCACCUCCACCACCACCACCGUCCAUACCGUUGCAUACAUACAGACAUCCAGAUACGCUGCGACGUCAGUACUGUAGGCGUUAGUUGACGCUCAGCAGUGUUGCGGUAGUCAACAAUACGGUUAUACGGCAACGCGACGCGGGCGUGAACAUUCCCACUUCAUUGAAAUGCUCAAAGGCGUAUGCGAAAGCAAAUGCGAGUGCCGUAGCCUUGUACUGCGAGGCUUGUAGGCAAGGCCGGCAUGCAAAUGGAGUGCAGGUCGUCAUUACAAUACGGGCCUAGUUUGUCGGUAUCAGUUGGAACGCAGCUCGCAAACUGGCGAGCAUCCAGCUUUGCGGUCGCCCUCUCCUGAAGCUCCACGGGCACAGGCAAAGGGAAGAGAAGACGGAAGGGGCGCACGCGUGCCCUCAACAAAGGGUGUCUAGGGUGUCAGGGUGACAGGGGUGUUCCUUCCCCCCUGAACUGCUGCGCUCGGGGGCCUCAGCCUCAAACUCGUAUGUAGCUGCAAGCGGCGGUCCACGAUAGUGAGCUGUGCGGCAGAUGCAGGCCUUGAUGCAGGCCUUGAUGAUCUGUAACAAUCCUGUGUGAUCUGUAACAAUCCUAUCUG